AUGAUUCCACUUCUUCAGUACAUGGGGCUUGUAAAAAAAUGGCCUACCUUCUCAGCUGACGAAGUCGCAUGUCAUUGUACUCGAGAAUCCUUAUGGAUCGUUAUGAGAGGUUCUGUGUAUGAUGUUACUUCUUACUUAGGAUCACACCCAGGGGGGAUCGAAACCAUUCUAAAACGUGGCGGAGGAGCAAAGGAUUGUGCAGUGGACAUGUCAUUCCAUAGUUCAAGAGCACAAAAGUUACUAGAGUCCUUCAAAAUAGGUGUUAUUGAUCCAAACACCACCCCUUCUAGGGCUUUAUAUAAUUUGGCAGAUGGGAAUACCAAUACUAAUUGUUGUGUGAUCACACGUACUCCAGAAAAUACAAUAACCGAACCUCAGUGUAUCGCUUGUAUUAAGGGAAAUCAUACGAGAAUAUGA